AUGGUGUCAACAGCUGAUGCUGAUGAUGUGCCCUCGCUGAGGCCGUUGAGCACAUUGCGCGGAACCGGUCAAAAGAUAUCCGACCAUCUGCAAAAUCAGCUGGAUGAAAAGAACACAACACUGGUCGUGCAACGACUAGAGCUUGAAGCUACUUCACUCAAUGCUUUCAUUGAAAGUGUCUCAGCGUUCAUCUCGAUUCUAUCGUUUCCAAAUUUCUACGAAACAUCGCUCACCAUACCGAGUGUGCUGCAAGCGAUCAGUAUAAUGCAAGCUACCCGGCUAACAUCCCUAUCGGUCAGCCCGAACGCAUCCCUACAAGAACUAACCGUUCAAGGUUGCAACUAUCGCUCGAUCUUACGCACAGUUGGAGCCCUGUCACAGCUACACACUCUCAACGUGCAGAGUUGUGCAAUUGUGUUCCUAAACUUUGAGCUGUUCACAAAAACCUACCAUCUGCGGAAGGUAAAUCUUGCAUACAAUCAAAUCCAAAUGAUUCCUCCUCCUACCGGUAAAGCGGAUAAUCUUAGCAUCGAGAUCCUCUACCUAGACAACAAUCCGUUGCAGUACCUGGAUUUCAACAGUCUGCGGCAGCUACAACGCUUGACAACGCUAAGCAUUCGGGAAUGUAAUCUUCAACGGCUGUACUCGUCCGCUCCAGUGACACUGCCCGCCCUCGGCUCGAUCGAAGCGAUUCAAAACAAUCUCACACUAUUCGAUCUACUGCUGCUCGAUGCACCGAGUCUUAAAACGCUACUGCUAUCUAAAAACCGCAUCCACAAACAACCGUGGGAUUUGACGAAGUACACCCAGCUGCAAGUGCUCGAUCUCGACUACAACCGGCUGACCACGUUCGAUUUGGCCGGUCUCGCCGGGCUCAACGAAUUGCAAUCACUGUACGUAUCGUUCAACCAGCUGGAAACAUUCACCGCUAGCCGUAAGGUGCGACUGCCCUCGCUAAAAACGUUGGUUUUGAUAAGCAAUUCACUACGAAGCCUGCCAACGUACGAUCGGUGGUAUCUGCCCGCAAUAAGUGUCAUCACGCUGGUCAACAAUCUGUUCACGGCCGUGCCACUGCUGUACAGCAAGCGUUGGCCUACGGUGACGCUACGCAUGACAAACAAUCCGCUGGCGUGCUCGUCGCUCCAACAGUACGUUGAGCAGAUACUUUAUCAGCAGAAACUUAUCGUCGAUUUGGUCAAGUGCGGAAACGGAACGAUGACAAGAAGUGAAUUAUUGAAGCGUAAUUGUUGCGUUCGGAAAGAUUAA